UAGGGGAAGGAGGCAUGUGGAUGAGUGGGGGACACACCAAACUCAUCAAUUUUGUUUUAAAAAUCCUUCCUUUCAAAUAAUUGAGUCUUUGACACAACACACAUUGUGGUGAGGAAGAAGAAGAGAGAACUAAAAGAAAAAGAAAGGGUAACUGGGAAACACAUACAAGAACUCCGUCUUACUCCUGUUUUCUUUUUCCUUGAAUCUUGGGAUUUCUUCUGCAUUUUAUUGGGUUUAAGGGGAUCUUCGCACCAGAAAAACCCCAGAGCUAAUUUUUGUUUCACUCUCUUGAAGAUGCCAAGACCAGGGCCUAGGCCUUAUGAGUGUGUGAGAAGGGCUUGGCACAGUGAUAGGCACCAACCCAUCAGAGGUUCUCUCAUUCAAGAGAUUUUCAGGGUUGCGCAUGAGAUUCAUAACUCCUCCACUAAGAAGAACAAAGAAUGGCAAGAAAUGCUUCCUGUUGUUGUUCUCAAAGCUGAAGAAAUUUUGUACUCCAAAGCCAGUUCUGAGGCUGAAUAUAUGGAUUUUAGUACCUUACGAGACCGCUUAUUGGAUGCCAUUAAUACCAUAAUAAGGCUUGAUGAGAGUACAGAAACUGGAGACUUUCUUCAGCCUUGCAUUGAAGCUGCUCUCAAUUUAGGCUGCACACCUAAAAAAGCUUCAAGGAGCCAACGAAACAAUGUCUCUACAAAUUAUCUCAGUUCCAGGAAUCAAGAGUCUCCCAGUUUGUCUCCUCCUCCCAUGGUAAUGAAGACUUCUCAAGGAGCUGUCACUAAUUCCCGUUGUGUCCCCUAUUUUUGGAAUUUGGCUAAACCUGUGAACAAUGGCUUAGACCAUUCACGCUUUAGAUUCCAAAGCCUUCUUCCUGCUCAUAAUUCCACUGGAAAAUUCUCUGCUUUGUUAAGCCCACAUGGUUUGAUGGAAAAUGCUCUACCGCCGAGCAAGUUCUCCGUCUAUCCGCUAUAUUAUGGGAGUGGUGAUCAGUGGCAAGGACAACGCUCCAGCUUCGAAAUUGCUCCUAGACCGGUUUCUACAUAUCUGGAUUCUACAAAUGGAGGUGUUAUGGAGAAGACUAGUGUCUCUGGUACAAUGGUAGCAAAUGGCAUCCCCCAAAAUGAAUUAAUGUAUUCUCUUGGGAGCUCAUGUGUUGAUAAAUGUGAUCUAGCAUUGCGGUUGGGCCCUCUCUCAGCUUCAAGCUCAAGCUGUGAAAGCAAAACUCCGCUUCAUGUGCUUAAAGUUUGUUCAGGCAGUUCACCAGAGGAAACCAAAACUGAGGAUUGUUCCCAAGUGAUGGAAAGGAAGCUUCCAUUGUUUCCUAUGGUAAAUGCAUAUGGUGUAUCUGAGCACAAUACAUGGGGGCGGAGUCUAGAGGGCGAAUGUUUCGAUGGAGAAACGAGGAUGAGAAAACGGAAGGCAGGUUUUACUCAUUCAUCAAAGGAAAGGCACUUAAGAGUUGGCUCCCAAAGGUUCCUUCCAGCAGGUUCGUAGGCUGAUUUCUUUUUCCAUUUUGAAAUGAACAACACGAUUAUGGAUAAAAAAAGCUGGAGCGGGCCAGUUCCUCAGACACAAACUGUCCACAACCGCAGUAUUGAUGUUUGAAAUGUAAGAAUGAUGCUCAACAACUGGAAUCUAAACUUGGAUGGAGUAAGGGAAUAUAUGUGGAAGGAAAGGUUCUAAGGCUGUCUGUUAAAAAAGAAUUAUCUUUUGGGAUUAAUUGAUAGGGUUUUUUGGACCCAUGGAGGAGAUUACUUAAAUUUUAGAAGUGGGUGAAGAGUUGAUAAACAAGCAACUGGUGAAGCUACUGUCUGUGCAAAUGGGGGACAGAGAGGCAUUGAGCCAAGAAGCUUAUUUAUCAUAUUUUGGGGGCAACAUGCUUUGGUUCUGUGGGUCCUUUUUCUUUUCUCCUUUCUUUUUCAUCUUUGUUCUCUUUUGGAAAGAGCUGAAUUGAUCAUUGAAUGUCUGGAUGGAAGUCUCUGCCUUCAACUUUUAAUGACUGGGGAGACAUUAGUCUCUGUGGGGUCAUAUAGAUAAUUCUUGUUUUAUCUAUUGUUAAGGUAGACAAAACUUUCUGCUUUUAGUUAAACUUGCUUUAUCAAAUUAGGAAGUUGCUUAGAGAGAGAGAUUCAAAUAAUAAGAUUUCUUUCACGAGAUUUCAUCAAUAUGAUGCCUCUUAGUCAUUUUCCAUUAGAUGCCACAUUCUGCCCCUUUUCCACCAGUCGUUAUUUAGGGCUUUUUGCCACUUAUCCUAUCCUGUAUUCACUGUAUGAUUAAUGUCCAAUCCAAUGGGAGCUUGUUAUAUGGAUAUGGAA